AUGCGUUUAAUAGUGAUCUUUAAUUCAUUGAUAUUCUCAGCAGCAUCAAAUUACAGUCCUGAACCAUUAUCUUGUUCAAAGGUGUGCCUGGAUAGUUUAAAAAACCUGGUAUUGGGAUUAGAAUCAGGAUUAAAAUUGAUAUAUAACAUACCAAAAGAACGGAAGGGUGAUUUAGAACAAUCAGGAAAGAAGUCUUCAUUAACCACAGAGGGAAUGAAGAGCUAUCACGUGAUAUUAAAUCAGGCAAAAGAACAUAUUGAGAGAGGGGUUAAGGAGUAUGAUGGCAAUGAAGAAGCACAGAACCUACUGACACAGCUAAGCAGCAAGAUUGUAGAGCUUGAAACACAAUUGAUCAUUGGUAUGGAAGAAGGAAUGGAAUAA